AUGGCGACGACGACGACCGCGGCGUUCGCGCGCGCGGCGCGCGCGGCGGCGCGCGCGGACGCGCGGGCGACCGGUCGCGACGCGCGUCGCGCGGCGCGCGGCGCGCGCGCGACGCGACGCGCGAACGACGGCGAAGUCGAGGUCGAGGUCGGGACCGGCGACGGCGACGGCGCGCGCGGCGCGCGCGCGACGACGCGACGGCGCGCGCUCGCGGCGACGGUGUUCGUCGGCGCGGCGGCGUCGGGCGUCGGUGCAUCGCGCGCGGAGGAUGAGAUUACGGCGGGCGCGCGGGAGGCGCUCGCGCUGGCGCCGACGACGUUAGACGACGUCGAGCUCGAACCGUACGUCGACCUGGAUAACGGCUACGCGUUCUUGUCGCCCAAGGGUUGGGUGAAAGAUUUACCGAAUGGAAUCGCGGAGAUCGAGAUACAUCCCGUGAGCGAGUACGGCGGGCGACGGUUCAAGGUGCAGGUGCGACCGUACGGGAAGAAGACGAAGUCGCUGCGCGUCGACGAACUGGACGAACCCGAGUACGCGAAUCCGCGAGCGUACGCCGAGGAUGUAGCGCGGAAGUACGCGCCGUUGGAAGGCGAGGGCGAGACAAAUCGAGGGCAAGCGGUGAGCAAGGUGCUGAGUUCGAGGAUGAGCGACGACGGGAGGUAUUAUUAUUUUGAGUACUCGACGGAGAGCAUGUUGCCGCUGCAUUUUUGGGGAGUGCUCGCGUUAGGACCUGGGCCGGUCGGGAGCGCGCGCAAGUUGGGGCGAAAAGACAUCAUCACCAUGACAUGUCAAAUGCCCGAAGACAAGGGACCGGAAGCGGCGGCGCUUUUGGAGCACCUCGUGUCGACGUUCAAAGUUUUGGACGUGUAG